AUGUCGGAGAAGUCAGGCCAGAGCACAAAAGCAAAGGAUGGGAAAAAGUAUGCAACACUCAGCUUGUUUAAUACUUACAAGGGUAAAUCAUUAGAAACUCAGAAAACCACAGCUCGACAUGGAUUACAGAGUCUUGGAAAAGUUGGUAUUUCACGGCGUAUGCCCCCACCUGCUAACCUCCCAAGUCUCAAAGCAGAAAACAAAGGCAAUGAUCCUAAUGUGAACAUUGUACCUAAAGAUGGCACAGGAUGGGCAUCAAAACAGGAACAGCAUGAAGAAGAAAAAACACCAGAAGUACCACCAGCACAGCCAAAACCUGGGGUUACAGCACCCCCAGAAGUAGCACCUGCUCCAAAAUCAUGGGCCAGUAACAAGCAAGGUGGGCAAGGAGAUGGAAUCCAAGUGAAUAGUCAUUUUCAGCAAGAAUUUCCCAGUCUGCAGGCAGCUGGAGAUCAGGAAAAAAAAGAAAAAGAAGCAAAUGAUGACAAUUAUGGACCUGGUCCAAGUUUACGGCCACCAAACGUUGCUUGUUGGAGAGAUGGUGGCAAGUCUGCUGGCUCAGCUUCUCCAUCUGAUCAAGAUGAAAAACUUCCUGGCCAAGAUGACAGCACAGCUGGAACAUCAGAACAAAAUGAUAUCCUCAAGGUGGUGGAAAAGAGAAUAGCUUGUGGUCCUCCACAGACCAAACUGAAUGGACAACAGCCUGUCCUUGCUUCCCAGUAUAGAGCAAUGAUGCCGCCUUAUAUGUUUCAACAAUAUCCAAGAAUGGCAUAUCCUCCUCCUGCGCAUGGAUCCAUGAGAUUCCCACCUGCUUUAUCUGAAAAUAACAAAGGCCUUCGAGGAAGAGGACCACCUCCUUCAUGGGCUUCUGAGCCUGAGCGUCCUUCCAUCCUUAGUGCUUCAGAACUCAAGGAACUUGAUAAAUUUGAUAACCUAGAUGCUGAAGCUGAUGAAGGUUGGGCAGGUGCUCAGAUGGAAGUGGAUUAUACAGAACAGUUGAAUUUCAGUGAUGAUGAUGAGCAAGGAACUAGUGGUCCUAAAGAGAACAACAGUGAGGAUCAAGGUUCAAAAUCCUCUGAAAACACUGAAAAUCGAAAAGAAGCAGAUGACGUUAACAGCACUAAAUCAUCUUCUCAGACACCUGCACAGUCAUCAGUAAUAAAAGCUCCCUAUGGGAAAGGUCCUCCAUUUAAUCAGGAACGUGGACAAUCUUCACACCUGCCACCACCCCCAAAACUGCUUGCACAGCAGCAUCCACCUCCUCCAGAUCGACAGGCAGUACCUGGAAGAGCAGGUCCUUUCCCCCCUAAGCAGCAAGUACCUGAUGAAGAUGAAAUUUGGAAGCAGAGACGACGGCAACAGUCAGAAGUUUCUGUAGCUGUGGAACGUGCUCGUAAACGACGUGAAGAGGAGGAGCGUAGAAUGGAAGAACAAAGGAAGGCCGCUUGUGCAGAGAAACUUAAACAGUUAAAUGAGAAGCUUGGCAUUGUGGAAAAACAACCAUCUCCCGAGGAAAUUAGGGAAAGGGAACGGGAAAAAGAACGGGAACGUGAGAAAGAACUUGAAAAAGAACAAGAGCGUGAGAGAGAGAAGGAGAAAGAAAGAGAGAGGGAGAGGCAACAGGAAAAAGAGAAAGAACUAGAGAAGGAGAAGGAAAAACAAAGAGAAAUAGAGAAACAAAGAGAGAAAGAACAAGAACAACAGCAGGAAAAGGAAAAAGAACUGCAAAAAACAAGAGAACUGGAGAAUGAAUGUGAGCUACAGCAGAAGGAAAGGGAAAAUGUGGAGGAAAAAGUUGAACACAAAGACGCUACUUCAGAGCCUGGAAUAGAGAAACAAGAAAGUGAAAACAUCUCUACUAAAGAGGAGGAGCCAAUUUUCACGAGACAAGACAGCAAUCGCAGUGAAAAAGAGACAACACAGUUGUCUCAUGAAACAGAACCAGAAUCAGGGUCUCAACCUCGGCCUGCUGUGUUGUCUGGCUAUUUCAAACAGUUUCAAAAGUCUUUACCACCACGAUUCCAGCGGCAGCAGGAACAGAUGAAGCAGCAACAGUGGCAGCAGCAGCAGCAGCAACAAGGUGUACUUCCGCAAACUGUGUCUUCACAACCAUCCAGUGGUGCUGUUCCUCCUCCACCACACAGACCUCUUUACCAGCCAAUGCAACCUCACCCUCAGCAUUUGGCUUCUAUGGGUUUUGAUCCGAGGUGGCUCAUGAUGCAGUCAUAUAUGGAUCCUCGCAUGAUGUCAGGAAGACCUGCUAUGGAUAUGCCGUCUAUUCAUCCUGGAAUGAUUCCUCCUAAGCCAUUAUUGAGGAGAGACCAGAUGGAAGGGUCACCCAACAGUUCUGAAUCAUUUGAGCAUAUAGCUCGAUCCACGAGAGACCAUGCCAUUUCCCUCUCUGAGCCUCGUAUGAUGUGGGGGUCAGAUCCCUAUCCACAUGCUGAGCCUCAACAGGCAACUACUCCUAAGAUAACCGAAGAAUCUGAGGAUGUAAGACCUGAGGCAACUUUGGAACAAGAACCAGUUACUGCUGCUUAUCCUGUAGAACAUAGUCAAUUGGAGUCUCAUCCGAAAGCAGACUUUAUCAGAGAAUCAAGUGAGACAGAAGUACAGAAGUUCCUAAGCAGAUCUGUGGAAGACAUUAGACCCCACCAUAGUGACACAAGCAGUCUGUCUACUUGUUUUGAAGUAGCUGAUCCAAAGACCAUAUCCACUCCUCAAGAAGAGCGGAUUUCAGCUGGAGAAAGUCAGCCUGUUCGGAAAAGAAGUGUUUCCCAUGGAUCUAACCAUACUCAGAAAUCAGAGGAACAAAGAAAUGAACCAUUUGUUAGCAUUCCCAAAGCAACUAGCAGAUGCAUUGAUUCAAAAGAACCAGCAGAAAGAAUAGAGGAAAAAACAAAAAAGGAUGGGUUCAUACGAUCUUCUGAAGGACCAAAAUCUGAAAAACUAUAUAAAUCUAAAUCGGAAACUCGUUGGGGUCCAAGACCAAGUUCAAACAGACGGGAUGAAGGUAAUGAUAGACCUAUAAGAAGAUCAGGUCCCAUUAAGAAACCUAUACUUAGAGAUAUGAAAGAGGAACGGGAGCAAAGGAAAGAGAAAGAAGGAGAAAAGGUCAUAGAAAAAGUUGUAAAACCUGAAAAGACAGAAAAGAAGGAUCCCCUUCCUCCACCCCCCCCACCUCCAGCACCAAUCCAGCCACAGUCAGGUCCACUACCACCUCAACCAGAACUAGAAAAACCUCCUUCAUCAGAAACUUCAGCUUUGGCUCAAAAGGCAACACAGGAUACUGAGAAGCCAUCAGAGCAUUUGAAUAGUGGUCAAGUAGAGCCUGCAGUGAAAACUGUAAGCCAACAAACUGUGUCAGCAACAACAAUCAAAGAAGAGAAACAACCAGAGAAGGUCAUCACUAAAGACGUUGUUACAGAAAGGCCUCGACCAGAUUCAAGAUCACUAGUUAGAAAAGAACCAACUUUCCAAGCCCCCAGGACCUAUUGGAAAGAAGCUAGAGAUAGAGAUUGGUUUCCAGAUCAAGGGUACCGAGGUCGAGGCCGUGGAGAAUACUACUCCAGAGGUCGAAGCUACAGAGGCUCUUAUGGAGGGCGUGGCCGAGGUGGCAGAGGGCACACUCGAGAUUAUCCUCAGUAUAGAGACACUAAGCCAAGACCGGAGCACAUACCCUCAGGGCCUCUCCGGCAACGCGAAGAAAGUGAAACACGAAGUGAGAGCUCUGAUUUUGAAGUUGUUCCUAAAAGAAGACGACAGCGAGGUUCAGAGACUGACACAGACAGCGAAAUUCAUGAAAGUGCAAGUGACAAGGAUAGUUUAAGCAAAGGUAAACACCCCAAAAGAGAGGAACGAUCUGAAAACAAAAAACCCAUAAAGCCUCAGUCUUCUUUCAAGCCAGAAAACCAUGUCCGAAUAGACACUAGGCCACUUGAAAAACCUUUUAUGAGGGAAGAUAAUAAAUCUAAACCAGGCUUCCUUCCUAAAGGGGAACCAACCAGGCGAGGCCGAGGGGGCACAUUUAGACGUGGUGGAAGGGAUCCUGGAGGUCGCCCAUCACGCCCUUCCACCUUACGCAGGCCUGCAUAUAGGGACAAUCAGUGGAACCCAAGGCAGGCAGAAGUUCCUAAACCAGAAGAUGGAGAGCCACCCAGAAGACAUGAGCAAUUUAUUCCUAUACCAGCAGAUAAACGACCUCCAAAAUUUGAGCGAAAAUUUGACCCAGCUAGAGAGAGGCCCCGAAGGCAGCGCCCUACUCGACCACCCAGGCAAGAUAAGCCACCUCGGUUUAGACGACUAAGGGAGAGGGAAGCUGCUUCUAAAACAAAUGACGUGAUAGUGCCCACAAAUGGUAUAGUUAGCAAUGUGGUGCAAGAACCAGUCAGUACUGCUGGGGAUGUUUCUGGGAAUAAGACACCAGAUUUAUCUAAUCAGAACUCUUCAGACCAGGCAAAUGAAGAAUGGGAAACGGCUUCUGAAAGCAGUGAUUUCAAUGAGAGGCGUGAGAGGGAUGAAAAAAAAAAUGCUGAUUUGAAUGCACAGAUAGUUGUUGUUAAGGCUGGAGAGAAUGUUUUACCUCCAAAGAGGGAAAUAGCAAAGAGAAGUUUUUCUAGUCAGAGACCUGGAGUAGAUCGUCAGAAUCGCCGCAGCAACAAUGGUCCACCCAAGUCAGGAAGGAAUUUCACAGGUCCUAGGAAUGAAAGAAGAAGUGGCCCACCAUCAAAAAGUGGGAAGAGAGGACCAUUUGAUGAGCAGUCCUCAGGUACGACUGCCAUUGACCCUAUCAAUGGCAACUCUGCACAUCAUCAGGAAGGACCACCUAAUGGUACAGGACAAAAGAACUCCAAAGAUAUGACUGGGAAAAAAAGAGAAGACCCCAAACCAGGUCCUAAAAAACCCAAAGAGAAAGUAGAUGCUCUCUCACAGUUUGAUCUCAACAAUUAUGCAAGUGUUGUUAUAAUUGAUGACCAUCCUGAAGUAACAGUAGUUGAAGAUCCCCAGUCAAGUUUGAAUGAUGAUGGUUUUACUGAAGUGGUAUCCAAGAAACAACAAAAACGUUUACAGGAUGAAGAACGCCGGAAGAAGGAAGAGCAAAUCAUACAGGUUUGGAACAAAAAGAAUGCAAAUGAAAAAGGAAGAAGUCAAACAUCAAAGCUUCCUCCAAGAUUUGCCAAAAAGCAGACUACAGGGACCCAACAAGCACAGUCUCAAGCCUCAGCUCCAACCGUAGCCUCAGUUACAGCUUCAGCUUCAGCUACAGUCCCAGGCUCAAUCUCAACCCCAGUUCCAGCCUCAAACUCGGCUCCAAUUUUGACAUCACAUUUAGCGCCAGCUCCAUCAUUAACCUCUGCUCCAAUUCUAACCUCCUCAGCUUCAGUUCCAGCUUCAGCUCCAGUUCCAGCCUCCACCUCAACCCCAGCCUCAGUUCCAGCCCCAACCCCCAUCCUUGCUUGCAUGUCAGCCCCCACCUCGGUCCCCACCCUUGCCUCAGCCCCACCCUCAAUCCCCAUCCUUGCUUCAGCCCUAGUACCAUCUUCAGCUCCAACACCAGCCCCAACAGUAUCAGUCACAACUGCCACAACAGUCUCAAUGCCAGCUGCCCCAGCUCCAACUGCCCCAAUCUCACUUGUCCCAGCCUCAGCUCCAACCCCACUCCCAUCUGCCCCAUCCCAAACUCAGGCACAGACUCACAAACCAGUCCAAAAUUCACUCCAGGCUACAACACAAAUAUCAAAACAGCCGCCACCUUCAGUUAGGCUGCCUUCAGCUCAAACACCUAAUGGCACAGAUUAUGUAACCCCAGGAAAGUCCAUCCAGAACUCACAGUCCCAUGGUACUCUUACAGGUGAAUUGUGGGAUAACAAGGUGACCCCCCCUGCUGUACUGAAUGACAUCUCUAAGAAAUUAGGUCCUAUUAGUCCACCACAGCCACCUUCAGUCAGUGCAUGGAACAAACCCUUAACGUCAUUUGGAUCAGCUACUUCAUCAGAGGGAACAAAAAAUGGUCAAGAAAGUGGAGUUGAAAUAGGAAUUGACACAAUUCAGUUUGGUGCUCCAGCUUCCAAUGGGAAUGAAAAUGAAGUUAUUCCUGUGCUUUCUUCGGAUAAAUCUACUGACAAAAUACCUGAACCCAAAGAACAACGGCAGAAGCAGCCACGGGCAGGACCUAUCAAAGCCCAGAAGCUUCCAGAUUUGAGUCCAGUAGAAAGCAAAGAACAUAAACCUGGUCCCAUUGGAAAGGAACGGUCAUUAAAAAAUAGAAAAGUAAAAGAUGUCCAGCAAGUGGAGCCUGAAGGACAAGAGAAGUCAAAUCCUACUACAGGCAGAAACACAGACCCUGUCACAAUAAAGGAAAACAAAGCCGUGUCAGAAAUGUCUACUGAAAUAGGAACAAUGAUUUCGGUGUCAUCUGCAGAAUUUGGCCCUAAUUCAAAGGAGUCGGUAACAGACUAUACUACACCUUCUUCUUCUCUGCCUAACACUGUGGCUACUAAUAAUGCAAAGAUGGAAGAUACAUUGGUUAAUACUGUGCCCCUGCCCAACACACUUCCCCUCCCUAAGAGGGAGACUAUCCAACAGAGCUCCAGCCUAACUUCAGUUCCUCCCACUACUUUCAGUCUCACCUUCAAGAUGGAAUCUGCACGCAAAGCAUGGGAGAAUUCUCCAAAUGUAAGGGAGAAGGGAUCUCCAGUAACUUCCACAGCACCUCCAAUUGCAAGUGGAGUCAGUAGUGCCAGUGGACCUAGCACUGCUAAUUACAUUUCCUUCUCAAGUGCAUCAGUGCCUCAGAUUCCUGUAGCUUCAGUAACUCCUACCACCUCAUUAUCAGGAGCUGGUACAUACACUACCUCUUCUUUGAGUACAAAAUCUACUACUACGUCUGACCCUCCUAACAUUUGUAAAGUGAAACCCCAACAGUUACAGACCAGCAGCCUGCCUUCUGCAAGUCAUUUUUCACAAUUAAGCUGUAUGCCUUCGCUUAUUGCCCAGCAACAACAGAGUCCACAAGUCUACGUGUCUCAGUCUGCAGCAGUAACACAAAUCCCAGCAUUCUAUAUGGACACCAGCCAUUUAUUCAAUACCCAACAUGCACGAUUGGCUCCACCAUCCUUGGCCCAGCAACAAGGCUUCCAACCUGGUCUUUCUCAGCCAGCUUCAGUCCAGCAGAUUCCAAUCCCUAUUUAUGCACCAUUGCAAGGACAGCAUCAAGCUCAACUGAGUUUAGGGGCUGGGCCUGCUGUUUCCCAAGCUCAGGAAUUAUUUAGUUCUUCACUUCAACCAUAUAGAUCACAGCCAGCCUUUAUGCAAAGCAGUCUAUCGCAGCCAUCGAUGGUUCUUUCUGGCACUGCCAUCCACAACUUUCCAGCUGUCCAACACCAGGAACUCGCCAAGGCACAAUCAGGUCUUGCCUUUCAACAGACUUCAAAUACUCAGCCUAUUCCAAUCUUGUAUGAACAUCAGCUGGGUCAGGCAUCAGGACUAGGAAGUUCCCAACUAAUUGAUACUCAUCUUCUUCAGGCAAGAGCAAAUCUUACCCAGGCUUCAAAUCUAUAUUCUGGACAAGUACAACAGCCUGGUCAGACAAGCUUCUAUAAUACUGCCCAGUCACCGAGUGCUCUCCACCAGGUUACAGUACCUUUGCCAGCCUCCCAGCUUCCCUUGCCUAAUUUUGGAUCUACAGGGCAACCUCUACUUGCUUUACCUCAGACUCUUCAGCCCCCGUUACAACAUACCACCCCACAGGCUCAGGCUCAGAGCCUUAGUCGUCCUGCCCAAGUAAGCCAGCCUUUCAGAGGAUUGAUCCCUGCUGGAACUCAGCACAGCAUGAUUGCAACCACAGGAAAAAUGUCUGAAAUGGAACUAAAAGCCUUUGGAAGUGGCAUUGAUAUUAAACCAGGCACACCUCCAAUCAGCGGUAGAAGCACCACACCAACAUCUAGUCCCUUCCGGGCUACUUCCACAAGUCCAAAUGGGCAGUCCAGCAAAAUGAACAGCAUGAUCUACCAGAAGCAGUUCCAGUCUGCCCCUGCCACUGUGAGAAUGACACAACCAUUUCCUACACAGUUUGCACCCCAGGCAAAACAGAGAGCAGAGGUUCUUCAAUCCACGCAACGGUUCUUCUCUGAACAGCAACAGAGCAAACAAAUAGGAAGCAAAGCCCAGAAAGUGGACAGUGAUUCAAGUAAACCUCCUGAAACACUGACUGACCCUCCUGGUGUCUGUCAGGAAAAAGUGGAAGAAAAGUCACCCCCUACACCCACCAUUGCCACCAAACCUGUUAGAACUGGACCAAUCAAGCCUCAGGCAAUCAAAACCGAAGAAACAAAAUCUUAA